AUGCUCCGGGCCAACACUUCCCCACUUUUACACCUACCUCAAGAAAUUCUGGAUGAGAUCUUGUCUGAAAUUGAUCUUCACCGCGACCUCAUCUCAUUUUCUCUGGUCUCUCGGACAUGCACUCGACUUGUUAUACCCAGGCAUAGCGAAUAUCGUAUAGUUCGCAUUCGUCACAAGCUUCCCUCCAUGUGGGCGCACCUCGCGAAACGUGCUGAUCUGGCACGCAACAUACGCGAGGUGCACAUUUGUGAACGACACAACCACUCAGCCUCCGACCAUUCCCCCACCACGUUGGUUCCUCCAUGCAAAAUGGGCGACACCGGAAGCGAGGAUAUACGGGUCCAGAACAUGUGCACGGCCCUCCAGAAUAUGGAUCGUCUGCGGGUCUUUACUUGGUCCUGUACGUAUAAUCCGUUUCCAGAACCGACGGCCACCCCAUCGCAAGAGGCAGAGAUUCUGGGUACUCUGGUUAGGAAACCAUUGUUGAGCAAGGUGGCGCUGGCUGGAGCGUUUGAAGCUAGGCCUGGAUGUCAUAAUUCAAUAUAUCCCCUCUGGAAUCUAGCCAAGUUGACGCAUCUGUCAUUAAUGGGCCGUGUGUGGGUUAGGCCUCAGAUCGGGCCUUUUAUGAGGUCGAUGAUGAAAGCAUGUCCCGCGAUUGAGGUUUUAAAAGUGCCGAUGGAGCUAACCAUACUUUCCGACUGCGUUUUUCCGCAGCUGAAGCAAGUGAAUAUAUUUCUCCAGUCAGGAGGGACGCUUUCCCUCGACAGAUAUUGGGUUCGUUUUUUUGAAAAGAAUCCAACUAUUGAAGAGUUGUCGUGGUUUCCUUUGGGACCUCUGAUUGGCGGGCUAGACCCUGAGUCCCUUCCCUGUGUUCGGCGUGUGCUUGGAAGCGAGUUACUGCUCAAAGCGCUUUACGCGUCUCCGCGGCCUAUCGAGUCUGUUGAAACGACGGUCGAUCCAGCGAUAUUCGCUUGUCUGGACGGGAUCAAUACGGAUUGCCUUCGUGAGAUUAGAUUCUCUUUCUCGAUUGGUAACACCUACGACGCAGUGCUCGCUUUGGCGGGAAAAUGUCCGAACAUCACUCACCUGUCUUUUCCCGAAUAUGAAAUGAAACUAGACGAUUGGCUACACCUGUUUUCCCUUCUACCCGGACUAGAAGUAUUCGAAGGCAUGUCGCUAUGGAGAGCCGUAGAUGGGGAUCCGGACAAGAUGCACGAAGCGAUCAUGCAAGUGCUCUUGUUAUGCCCCAAUUUGAAGGAACUGGAUCAUUACAAGUACGAUGCGAAGCGGCACGCGUAUGCGAAAAUUGUGAUCCUUCGGGAGGAAGGAGAGGUGUAUGAUAAUGUGAGGUAUGAAAUUCGGAGACCUCCGCCUAGAGAUCCGUUCGAUUUCUAG